UCGUUGUCGUCGGUGCUGUGGUGGUAGAGCGUUAGCGAAGAGAAGAGAAAAGCCACCCAAUGUUUGUAAGAGGGCCCAAGGUGACCCCUCUAAUCGCCAUAAAGAAUCAUCAAAAGUCCUUUUUUACCAUGUAAUCCCGAUCCCGGAACGAAAAUGCCGAAGGGGAAAUGAUAGAAGAAGAUAGGGAGAGAGCAAGAACGGGAAAGAAAGUGGUGGAUCGCAGCUGAUAAUGCUGUUCGCUGAUAAUGUAAUGUAGCUAAUAAUAUGUAGGAUCCCCUGCCCCCGCAAAGAUUGUUUUACCUUUAGUCCUGCUGUAUAAUUGAAAACAAAAUGUAUUUUAACGUACGAAAUGGAAACUCUCUCUCUCUCUCUCUCUCUCUCUGAGGAGCGAACACUGCAGACAGAAUGUCGAAUGAAUUGUAACCCCCGGAAGCGGAAGGUAUAGACUCGGUCGGUGUAUUUAGAACGAAAGGACGACGGGGUUUAGCUUUGAGCGAAUUCAAAAUCCAUGAACUGCAUGCGUAUGCGCUGUUGUUGUGUUUUCAACUCCCAGAAACGUCCGGGGUCCCUCCGGACAAGGGUGGCGAGGACGUGAGUGUAAGAUAGAUAGGGAGGAGAUAGGAGAAGAUGAAAGAACCGUUGCCGCACAGACACACUGGCACCCAAUGAGAGGCGCAUAUGGUGGUACCAGUGGUGUCGCAACCCCGUCGCACCCCAUCAUCCAGCGGUCGGUCUAGAUGUUGAGGUGAUGCAUAAUCCUCUGUGCCGGGUGAAAGCAAGCUGUUUGCCGUAAGCCUAGGCAAAGGGGCAACAGCAAAUCCGAUCACACACACAAACACACAGAGUCACACAUCCAUUUUCUGUCCCUAGGAUUAGAUGAAAUACCUGUAUGUUGAGAGUAAACCAUAUAAGCAUUAUAAACGUGUCGGACUCCCGGCAGAACCCCCCGGGGGGCGAGAGGAAAGUGGAAAGAACCUAAACUAAACAGCAGAAGUAAGAUACAAUAAAUGUUUUAAAACAUCAUUAAA